AUUUUCCUUCUUGCCUUCUUGCCUUGUUGGGCUAACGAAGCAAAACCCUAGCACUUGUAUUCUUCCUCAUCCUCUAAAACUCAAAGGCAAAAUCCCAAUCCUCUUCCUCUGAGAUUGGGCUUCUCCAACUUCAAUAGACAUGGCGGACCCACUUGACAUGUCUCUUGACGACCUCAUCAAAUCCAACAAGAAAGGCGCCGGAAAGACCAGGGGUGGCCGGCCUCCUCGAAACUCGGCCCCCGGACCCUCGCGUCGCUUUCGAAAUCGCGCAGCCAAUCGAGCAGCGCCGUACUCGAAGCCGGUUCAAGCUCCUGAUGCAGCUUGGCAGCACGAUAUGUUCGUUGAUGAUGGUGCAGUUUUCCCGGCAUCGGCUCCUCGAGCUUCUUCCAUAGAGACUGGGACCAAGCUUUACAUUUCAAACUUGGAUUAUGGUGUUUCUAAUGAAGAUAUCAAGGAGCUAUUUGCAGAGGUCGGUGACCUAAAACGAUAUGCAAUUCAUUACGACAGGAGUGGAAGAUCAAAGGGAACUGCAGAAGUUGUAUUUUCUCGAAGAACAGAUGCUUUGGCAGCUGUCAAGAGAUACAAUGGGGUUCAGUUAGAUGGAAAGCCAAUGAAAAUUGAGAUUGUUGGGACAAAUAUUGCAACUCCUGCUGCUGUUCUCCCUCCAGCUACAAAUGGCACAUUUUCAAAUCAAAAUGGUGCUGCUAGAAGUGGCCAAGGAAGAGGAGGCAUGGGACGGGGUCGUGGUGGUGGCAGGGGAGCCAGGAGGGGUCGUGGACAGGGUAGAGGUCGUGGUGAAAAGAUAUCUGCAGAUGAUCUUGAUGCAGACUUGGAAAAAUACCACCAGAAAGCAAUGGAAACUGAGUGAUGGCAAUUGUGUUUUGUUUCUCAACUGGCCUUGAAAGCCACUUGCAGUUGCAUUUGGUUCUUUUGACGAUGCUUUAAACUAGCCAUAGCAAACGGGGAUGAUUAUUCAGACAAAAACUGUUGUACUAUCCAAAUGCUACCUUUUUUCAAGGAGGAAAAUGACUCAUGGUCUUGGAUGACUGCCUUAAUUAAGUUUGGAGUGGUGAGCAUCAUCCACUACUAGUGGCUUUUUUAAUUUCAACAUUGUAUCUUGGUUAAUUUACAAUAAUUCCUUGUUUGUUAGAACACCUUAAUGCUUCAUAUCU